GGGGCGGGCCGGAGGCGCCUGCGCGGUGCGGCCGCUCGGUGCCAUCCCUGGCGCUGGCGCCGCCCGCAGCCUCCCGCCGGCUUCUGCCUAUUUUAGUCACAGCGGCGGCUCGGUGGCCGCGGCGGGACGUGGGACCGGCGACGGAGGGAGCGGCGAAGAGCGGCUGAAUCUGAGUCCGUCCCGUCCGGGCGCGGUGCCCGGCAAACUUUUCCGAGGGCGCGGGCAGAUCAGAUGAAACUACAGCUGACAUGGCCAAAGUCAAGACCACGCAUGAAUUCAUGUGAAACAGCAUUGCCUUCUGAGAUCAUCAGCCUCAUAGUUGCUGUAAAUCCUAAGUUCAACUUCACUACCAAGCGAGACCCUGAUGUUGUGAUCAUUAACCAGAGUGUGCAAGAAUGGAAAAGCAAAGGACCCCACUAGCUGUGUCACAUAAAUAAAAGUUUCCAGCAUUCAGCCAAAUUGAAAAAUUAUUCCAGCCAUGGGAGAAAAUGCAAGUUUCUGGGAAAGUCUGAUAUAUGCACAUCCUACCUGCACCUCCUGGAAGCAAGAGGCAGAAGGAUCUAUCUACCACCUCGCCAGUAUUUUCUUUGUUGUGGGCUUCAUGGGUGGAAGUGGAUUCUUUGGGCUUCUCUAUGUCUUCAGCUUGCUUGGAUUGGGCUUUCUCUGCUCUUCUGUUUGGGCUUGGCUGGAUGUCUGUGCAGCAGAUAUAUUCUCCUGGAAUUUCAUACUGUUCGCGAUAUGCUUUGUCCAGUUCAUUUACGUUACCUACCAAGUUCGGAGUGUUUCCUUUGACAGAGAAUUCCAGGAACUCUAUAGUGCUCUCUUCCAACCUUUGGGAAUUUCCCUGACUGUCUACAGGAAGAUUGUCUUGUGCUGUGAUGCAGAAGUGGUUACCCUGGAGAAGGAGCACUGUUACGCCAUGCAGGGCAAAACACCUAUUGAUAAACUGUCCCUGCUUGUGUCAGGCAGGAUCAGAGUGACAGUUGAUGGAGAGUUUCUGCAUUAUAUAUUUCCUCUUCAAUUUCUGGAUUCUCCUGAAUGGGAUUCACUGAGGCCCACGGAAGAGGGAAUUUUCCAGGUGACACUUACAGCAGAGACUGAUUGUCGAUACGUGGCCUGGAGGAGGAAGAAGCUGUAUCUGCUGUUUGCUAAGCACCGCUUCAUCUCCCGCCUCUUCUCCAUUUUAAUUGGGAGCGACAUCGCCGACAAACUGUACGCCCUGAACGACAGAGUGCACAUGGGGAAGGGCUUUAGGUAUGACAUUCGCUUACCCAAUUUCUACCACGUCUCUCUGCCAGAGACCCCUCUGGUGCAGCCCUCCUACCGCCUACAGAGAGGGUCCCCCCGGCGCAAGCCCCACGGGGUCACAAACUGCGGCGCCUUCAGCGCGCAGCCCUAGGAGGGAAAACUCCGCUGCAGGCGUCCCCCGAAGCCACGGAGGGAAGAGCACAGCAGAACGAGACCCAGCCAAGCCAAAUCUGACUGAUAAGUGCCAUUUACUUUCAUUGCCGUAGCUUGAAUUCUUCCUAGAGCCAGCAGGUUGGCUUCUGCAUUUUGACCGUGCAAUAUGUUCAGUUCCUGUUGAUUCUUCUGUCGAUCGUCAUCUCCUUACUUGUGGAGGAAAAACAAGUCCUAGCAGGCUGAAGUUUUACUGUAAUUGUGGUGGCCUAUGUGAUUUUUUUUUAAGCAAACACGUAGUAUUUGUAAUUAAUAAUUUAAUUUGUAAUUAAUUUGUAAUAUUUGUAAUUUGCUUCCUCAAAAUUAUUUGCCGUGAUGAAGUAUGGUCAGCAUAGUCAAUGAAAACAAGGUAGUUGUCUUCAAAAUAGAGCAACUUGUUUGUAACACUCAUAUUUGUGGCACUUAAACAGCGUCUCAAUUAGCAAAAAUAUUGCAGAAAAAGACUACAUGAUCAAGUGCAUCAGUUUUGUUUUUUAAAGAAAUUAAAGAUCUUGACAUGCAUAGUGAGUUUCUUAAAAAAAAAAAAAAAAAAAAAAAGAGUACAACACAUUCUCUCCCAUGAGCAACUGGUUUCUCUCCAGCUGUCCUAAAGAGGUAUUAGAAAACAAACAGAAAUUUAAUUGAUGGUGUUAGAAAAUCAAAGCAGCAAAUAUAGCUUAGGGAAGUGAUUGUAUAGUUUAAUGUGAUGCUAGAGGACCUAGGCUUCCACAGUGCCAUUUGUGACAUGUACAAUAAAUACUGUUAAUAAUCAAUCAACUGCCAAACCAUUGGAGUUUGUUUUACAAUAUCCUUUUUAGCCAGAUUUGUCGGGAAGAAACUCAUUAACAAGCAGCUGCAGCAAUAAAUACAAUUUUUAACUGAGA